AUGGUUCGCUCAUGCGCGUACAAGGCCAUUGCGGCCGCCUCUCUCCUUUCACAACUCGCAUCCGCGGCCAUCACGAGCUGCCCGAACAAUGAAACCGUCUGGGAGACCCCCAUCGGAGUCAAGUACACCCUCUGUCCCGGUUCCGACUACCAGAACGGUGGCGCCAGUCUUCAGACCGUCAGAGAUAUCCAGUCCAGCCUCGAAUGCGCCAAGAUCUGCGACUCAGAUGCUCGCUGCAACAGGGCCGUUUACGACAAUGUGAAUAAGGCAUGCGACGUCAAGAACAGCACGAACCCGAUGCAAUGGGCUGCCGAUGACCGCUUCGAAACCAUCCGGUUGACCAAUGAUUUGCCCGAGGGUGCUUUCAUCUCCACCUGUUCCUUUAACGAAACAUCCUACCGCGUCCCCGAGACCAACGCUGAGUACCGCAUCUGCCCGGACACUGACUACACUGGUGUCAAUGCCAAGGUGGUCGAGGGCGUGACCACCAUUCAGGCGUGCGCCGAGCUCUGCUCAAACACGCAGGACUGCAGGAAGUCCGUCUUUGACCACAUCAACAACGCCUGUGCCAUCAAGGCUGCCGAGCCCGCCACAUCCAUCUUCUGGGUCCAGGACAAGCAGUUCAGCACCAUUCGUCUUCCCGAAAACAUCGACCCGGCGGUCAAGGGGAAAUGGGGUGAUCUGAUCCGCUUGCCGGUGAUCCCCGUUGCUGCCUAUAUCGUCCCGUCCUACCCCGAGCCCAGCAGGCUGCUGUUCUUUUCCUCCUGGAGCAACGACGCCUUCAGCGGCGCCUCCGGCAUGACCCAAUUCGGCGACUAUGACUUUGCCACUGGCGCUAUUUCCCAGCGGACUGUCACCAACACGCACCACGACAUGUUCUGCCCGGGCAUCUCACAGCUUGAGGAUGGCCGGAUUCUGAUCCAGGGAGGCUCGGACGCUGAUACUGUCAGCAUCUACGACCCUGCCACCAACGAGUUUACCCGUGGUCCCAACAUGACGCUUGCCCGCGGAUACCAGACUUCGUGCACCCUGUCUAACGGUAAGGUCUUCACUAUUGGAGGCGCCUACUCGGGCGAGCGUGUGGGCAAGAACGGCGAGGUGUACGACCCUGUCGCCAACGCGUGGACCUACCUCCCUGGCGCUGACUUCAGGCCCAUGCUGACCAACGACCACGAGGGCAUCUGGCGCGAGGACAACCACGCCUGGCUCUUUGGAUGGAAGAACGGCAGCAUCUUCCAGGCUGGCCCUAGUAAGGACCAGCACUGGUACGGCAUCCAGGGCAACGGGACCGUCGCCAAGGCCGCCACUCGUGACGAUGACGACGCCAUGUGUGGCGUCUGGGUCAUGUACGAUGCUGUUGCUGGCAAGAUCUUUUCUGCUGGCGGUAGUCCUGACUACACAGACAGCCCUGCCACCCAGCGCGCGCAUAUCACCACCAUCGGCGAGCCCAACACGCCAGCGGAGGUUGAGCGUGUCGCCGACAUGGGGUUCCCCCGUGGGUUUGCUAAUGCUGUGGUGCUCCCUGAUGGUCAGGUUCUUGUAACGGGUGGCCAGCGUAUGUCUUUGGUCUUCACCAACACAGACGGCAUUCUCGUCGCCGAGCUCUUCAACCCAGAGACCAGGGAGUGGAAGCAGAUGGCGCCCAUGGCUGUACCGCGAAACUACCACUCCGUAUCAAUCCUCCUGCCCGAUGCAACCGUUUUCUCAGGCGGCGGCGGUAUGUGUUGGGUUCAGAAUGUCGGCGACUCGACUGCCGGCUGCGACAAGACUGUCGAUCAUUCUGACGGCGAGAUCUUUGAGCCCCCCUACCUAUUCAACGAGGACGGCAGCCGCGCCGCGCGGCCCGUGAUCUCGGCCAUUAGUGCGGAUCCCAUCAAGGCUGGGGCUACACUAACGUUCACUGUCGAGGGCGUCGAGGGACAGGGCACGGCGGCGCUGAUCCGCCUCGGUAGCGUCACGCACUCGGUAAACAGCGACCAGCGUCGCGUCCCGCUCAACGUCACGGUCAGCGGUAACGAGUACUCGGCCACGCUGCCCGACGACUACGGCAUCCUGCUCCCCGGGUACUACUACCUCUUCGUCUCCACGCCACAGGGCACGCCCAGCAUCGCAAAGACUGUGCACGUAAUCUUGUGA